AUGGAAUCAAUAUAUGAACCAGAAAGAUUCAAAGCAACCGAAGUUGUGAAUUUAAGAGAAUAUUUCACAAAAUUUUCGAAUCUUAUUGGCCAAGAUGUCGCUCCAAUGAAUAAAAACAGAAAACGUGGAGAAACUGAAGAGGAACCAAAUCUUAUGGGAAUUAGUAUUGAUUCAACUCGAAUGAAAAAUUUGGAAGAAGUUUGUAGUAUCGGGGCAUUACAAUGUGAAGGUGAACUGAAACUAACACCAAUACCUAAACCAGACGUCCAUGCGUUACGUAGUUUAAUCUUCGAAAAUUUACCAUUCACACAAAAAUAUUCUGGUCUGCAGGUCCUCAAAAUGAAAGCUCAAAUCGAAGAACAGAGAAACUGUGAUGAAUUGCUUCUAGGGAAUAAAGAAAAUUUCCAUAAUUGCGUUCUUGAUAAAGAAUCUGAAAAAGGUUUACCGAAAGACUUAGCUCCUGGAAGUGAUUUUUUAAUGAGUGUGGUCUUCUACAAGCCUUUCAAAUUUGAUUUUCAAUCGAAAAAAAAUACACAAAGGUGCAGAUUCAGUCAUGAAAUACAGGUGCUAGGGCAGAAUAGAUUGACUGAACUAAGGGACAAGAUCGUUUGUGCAUUAGACUAUGGUCUUCAAAUAGAAGUAGAGAGUCCAACAGCUGAUGUCUCUCACUUGUUGAAUGCAAAGGAAGAAUAUCCAUCGGGCUGUUUUUUUAUAGAUGGAGUUUUUUACAAUGAUUUGAGGUCACCCAAGGCAAUUGAAUAUUCUGAGGAAAUAAUAAAAUGGGGGCAGCAUAGAAAAGUGGGAGAAUUCGUAACAGCCGAUAUGUAUCAGACCAAAUUGAUCGACUUAUCUUUGAGGUUCGGAUACCCCUACGUCUACCUUCAUCAGGGCGAUUGUGAACACAUUAUGGUAUUUUCAGAUGCACACAUUCUAACCAACAACGACUGUUUAAACUUGCAACAGUACCCCAGGCUGUAUGCGCGGAACAAAUCUCUAGCUACUGUUUGCUUCCUGUGCAAUCUUGGAACUGCAAAGUGGCUAGUGCAAGAUUACGAUAGGUUGCCUCAAGCAAAUACAUAUUUAUGUGCAAAAUGUGCAGAACGUUACUGUUCGAAAGAUGGCAAAAAAAUUGGCAAUUAUAAAAUUUUUCCCAUCUUUAAUCCCAAUUAAAUUACUGUUCUACUACUUUGAAGCUCUGUGAUAAUAUUCAAUAAGUCGAAAUAAACAAUGAUUUGAU